AUGGCUUCUUUGAAUGACGAACAAAUUUGUGCAAUAUUAUUCAUAGUGGUAGACGAGGGAGAUACGGACCCUCAAGAUGAUUUGGAGAGUGAUGUAGAGGAUAUUUUAGAGGCUGAUAGUGAGCAACCUACAGAUGAUUCAAUUGAUUCUGAUGACGAACCCCAUCGAACAUCAAAUAUUCUUUACCGCCGUCGUAUAAUUAGUUCUGACUCAUCAGAUAUCCGUUGUGUGUUGUUCGAAUUUGAAUAUCUCGCUAAAUACCGGCGACUUAAAUCCAAAUCCGCGUUAAACUUUAAGGUUGUUAAUAAAGUUAGCUGCAGACCGCGUCAUUGUUCGGCCGUCAUUUCUGUGCCGGUGCUAGAGUUGUGUUUGUCGUGUGAACACGUGCCGACCCAGACAAAAUGUCAGUCCUAUGUUUAUAACAUCAUGGCUCCA